AGAGAGAGAGCAUGAGUGGGUUGGGGAGAGGGACAGGGAGAGAGAAAAAGACUCUUAAGCAGAUUUCACGCUCAGCACAGAGCCCCAACACGGGGCUCCAUCUCACGACCAUAAGAUCAUGAGAGCGGAAAUCAAGAGUCAGAUGCUCAACCAACUGAGCCACCCAAGUGCCCCUAAAUUGUUGAUUUUGUCUCCAUCUUUUCAGAGUUUACUGUUUGUUUUUUUUUCUGAUUGGAUGGCUACACUGUAGUUGCUUUUCACUCUCCCCUUGAGUUGUUCUUUCUACUCUAUAUUUCUGUGUUUUGUUUUUUUUUUUUUUCUGGUCUGGUUUCUUUGUGUACCUUGUUGUGGACCUGGUAGGACUCUUCCUGGUGUGGAUAGUUUACUGUUAUUUGGAUACAAGUUUAUUAUUUUACAUGAAAUUAACUCUUCUCCAGUGGAGUUUUUAUGGGCUCCAGAAAAUAUACAAGGAAGCCAUCUCCCCUUUAUUUUGAUUAAAAGUGUUCCUUGUCUUUGUAUAUAGCUAUCAUUCUCCAUUUACCAUUCCCAUAAUUAUAUUUCCAGAAUAAAUUUGUUUUCCCUGACAUUUGAUUAAUUGCUUUAGGAAACUUUCCUCAGUCUAUUGCCUUUGGCUGGUUUGGUCCCUGGCAUUGUAAUCUUGGAUCCCCGCCCCCCCCCGCCCCAGUAUAAAUGGGAUAACUCUUAGCUGCUUUGACAUAUUGAGCAACUCAGAGAUUUGAGACCUUGUAUUCACAAACAUCACCGUUUUGACUGGUUUGUAGUUCCCACUAUAAAUACAUGUUCAGCACAGGGGAGCGAGUAGACAGAGAUUGGAUCGAGCAAGGAGAUUGGGCAGCACAUACUAGGGCCCAGCCAUGGUGCGGGUACUCAGCAUCAAGAAAGGGAUCCAUUGAAAAUCUCAACACCUUUUUCUUGUCGCUUCCACUCAUUCCCUACACAUGUGCACGCAUGCUUGCAACUCCCACGCUUACAACUCCGGUGUCUGGUCUUCUCCUGUACUUCCGGAGUUUCUCAUACACACACACACACACACACACACACACACACACACACACACACGUCACGCACUCACGUAACUCAAUGUCUGGUCUUCUGUAUUCUCUGAGAGUGCUCUCCCUGCUGUCCUUCAGUCCUUGGCCCUGUGGAAAGAUCAUGUUGGGAGUGACAGACCUGUAACCAGAAUUCUGGUGCUUAAUCCCUCUCAGAGGCCCCUCCUUCUUAGGUGUGGGCAGUAUCAUAUGUAAUUGACACAGGUAAUUACUGACCCACAUUGUUUUACCACACAGGCGCCAGAUUGCUUGGGUUUGAAUCUUGGCAGUGUAGGUCUGUGAUUUUAACAAGUCAAAUCAUUUGUGCUCUGGUUUCCUCAUCUGUAAUGGUGUCCAGUACCCAGGAUUAUUAGGAGGAUUCACUGGGUCAAAGAGUGUUAAGCACUUAAGAGAUAUGUCUAGCAUACUGUAAGCUGUAGAUUGAUUCUUCUUCUUCUUCUUAAUUUUUUUAAUGUUUAUUUGUUUUUGAGGGAGAGCGGGGAAAGGGACAGAGAGCGAGGGAGACACAGAAUCCAAAGCAGGCUCUAGGCUCUGAGCUGUCAGCACAGAGCCUGACGCAGGAUUUGAACCCAGGAACCACGAGGUCAUGACCUGAGCUGAAGUCCUAUGCUUAACGGACCGAGCCACCCAGGGCCCCUGCUCUUCUCAUUAUUAAUAAUAUGUACCUUACAGGGUUGUCAUGUUAAGAAUGUGAUAAAUUAUACGUGAAGUUCUCGACGACAGUGUAGUUUGUACACGUUCUUUUCUAGAGAUGUCUACGUUUUUAUAAAGUCUCUGAGGCCUUUUGCGAGUUAGAGAACUUUUUUGAAGACAGGCUCCUAUUACAGGAAGUUUGCUAACAUGCAAAAACUGUGGCCUUCACUUGGUGCCGGUGUGCUGUCACAGUGCCACAGCUGUGCUGUCCCGCUGCUUCGUCACAGACUCUCUGCCUGGUGCUUUGUGUUUCGCAGGGAGACUGUCGAUUGUCCAGGAGUUUGCUUGCUGUGAUUCUGGUGGUGCUUUCUUUCCUUGUCUCCUCUAAUAGAACGAGAUGGUUCGGGAGCUAGACGGCCACGUCCUGAAGUGUGUGAAAGACCAGAAUGGUAAUCACGUGGUUCAGAAAUGCAUUGAAUGCGUGCAGCCCCAGUCUUUGCAGUUCAUCAUCGAUGCGUUUAAGGGGCAGGUAUUUGCUUUGUCCACGCAUCCUUACGGCUGCCGAGUGAUUCAGAGGAUCCUGGAGCACUGUCUCCCUGACCAGACUCUCCCCAUUUUAGAGGAGCUUCACCAGCACACGGAGCAGCUUGUACAGGAUCAGUAUGGAAACUAUGUAAUCCAGCACGUAUUGGAGCACGGUCGUCCUGAGGAUAAAAGUAAAAUUGUAGCAGAAAUCCGAGGCAAUGUGCUUGUAUUGAGUCAGCACAAAUUCGCAAGGUACGAGCUUUGAAUUCAUACAGACUCUGUUUUCCAGAAGGAAUUAUUACAUUGUAUUUCAAAGCGAGGGAGAAAGAAUGAAUUUUCAUUCUCUUCUUUCAAAAAUGUUUUUCUCAAGGUAUAUACAGCUUAAAACGUCAAAUGGUUCUACUAUCAUAGAGUAUAAAACAAAGCAGGUCCCUUAGUGGCUCUUCCCGCCCCCAGUCACCCACUUUGAAAUAUGGGGAUUGUGUUUCUGAAGAGCUUAAAUCUUGUACUUUGGUGAACUGAGCAUUUUGUUAGCUUACUUGUUCUUGUUCUUCACUCAGUUUCCUCUCUGGUGCCAGAAUUCAGACGUAGUGUGUCAUGUUGACAUAUAGGCAUUAGUACUCUUAGAGUCUCUUUUCCAGUCUUCAUGUUGUGGCAGAUCAAGAAUAAAACGCACUAGUUAUUCCCAGGUUGUGAAAGAUGUUUUAGGUGACUUACAAUCGGCAGUGGUUGGAGAAGAAAUUGAUGGCCCUUCCAAGGGAUUAGUGAUGUGGUCUUCUGAGUGGAAUGGGUGUACAGAUAUAGUCAUUUGUAGUUUGGGAAUAUUUUUCUCUGACUCUUAGGAUAAAUUCCAAAGCAGUUGUGAUUCUACAACCUUGUUUUUAAAUUGUUCAUCUCUAAGUUUUUAAAUUUUAUGAGAUGGCAGCAUGGAAAAUAGAGAAAAGGAAUAAACGCACUCCUAGGUCCAGUGUCUUAGCAGCCUAACCAUAUCAGGGUCUCUCAGAC